AUGAAACAAAAUAUUCUUUAUUGGAAUGAACGACGCAAGGCUGAAGAAGAUAAAAUAUUUCAGAGUAAAGAACUAGAAUUUAUAAAACAAAGGAUUAAAUCAAAAAUUAACUUUUUAACUUCUUUUAUUAAUUCUGUAACAAUUGAACAAAUAAAAGUUAAAACAUUAUGUCAAAGUUGUAUUUUUUGGUUUCGGUUAAAGACAUCUCUUACAGAUGCGUUAGGAAUUACAACUGCAACUAAUUUUUGUGAUUAUGACUAUAUUCCAAAAACUUUGUGUAAAGUUACUGUUCAAACAACACAUACACUAACUAGUAAAUAUCUUUAUGAUGAAAAAAAAGAAGAAGAAAUGUAUUGUUCUUCAUAUUGUCUGAUGUAA